GAAUCUGCUAUAGAAAGCAUUAGUCAUCGGUCUUUGACAUCUGACUAUAUGAUCCUUCUUUCCAGUCGACGGAACAAAUAGAAUUCUUUCUUUUCAUUGAUUGUAAUGAGCAUUUUCUUGUAGAUUAUUUCCUACUAUAUAUUGUUGAUCUCGUGUUCUUUGACGUCCAUAUUCAUGGUCGAUGUUAAAAUGGAGGUUAUCAUCGGUUGGUAUUGCAUGUCAUCUAUGAUCUAUUCGAUCACAUUCAUCAUUGUCCAAACUUCCUAUUCAAUUCAGUUUCGUACCACCAAAAUUACCGGUGGAAUUGGAACAAUAUGGUCAUCUACUUAUUGAAUAUGUUUCAUCUAUGUGCAUGGCAUUCAAUAUUCAAGCUAUGCCAUACAUCACCACACUUGAUAGUUAUCAUCGUAUGGAUAAUUCAGAGAUGCAACGUGAAUUUCUUACUAUCGAUGCUGAUCGACAACGACAAAUAACUUAUUUAACCAGUGAACUUUUGAAGGCUACUCAUCGAUUUAAUCUACGAGGUGCAAUUGAAUUUAUUUGUGAACGAAUAAAAUCCCUAUCAUCAUCGUCUACUUCACAUUCAUCUCCGAUUUCUACAAACGUCAUAGACAAGCCGAUGCACAUGUUAUUAAAUGAUCAUGAAUUUUAUCAUGAACUUUCACAAGCAGCACUUUUGAAUCAGAUUGUCUUCAAUGAUAUUCAACGUUCGAUGAUGGGAUUAUAUCAUUCAUUAAGUACAUACUUUCAUUCUCAACAGACAUCCGAAAAUAUUGUAAUUGAUGCUCGCUUACUUGUUCCCUCUGAACAAUUCGUGAUUGGUGUAUUAUUUAAACGAUUUAAUAUUCCAUCGAUAUAUAUUGAUAAGGAGGGUAAUAUGGCUAUGUUUCCGUAUAAUCUGAAAGAUACAUCAUAUGGCCAGUAA